AAUUAACUUCUCAUAUAAAUAGUAUCGAGCCGUAAAAUUCUUGUAAUAGUGUUUCAGUUUUCGAAAAACAUGGAACGUUUAUCGCAUUUUGUUUUAAUUUUCUGUGUAUUCUGUCAGUCACUGGAAGCACUAAAAAUGUGCUCCAAUAUUGGGGGUAUAAUAGCCCCGGUGUUCACGCCAGUGGACAGCGAUGGCGUCGUCAACUUGAGUGUCAUUCCUCAAUACGCCCAGUACCUACAGGAUCAAGGAGUUGAUGGCAUACUGGUGGCAGGAACCGCAGGAGAAGGUCCUACUGUAAAUGUGACAGAUAUGAAGCAUCUGAUAGACGCUUGGAUAAAUGUGUCCAAGUCACUUAAUCUCUCCGUCAUCAUACAACUUGGAGGUAGACCACUGCCAGACGUGCAGAAACUGGCGGCAUAUUCAGAGCAAGCUGGUGCUGACGCCAUUAUGACGUUACCUGAGUUGUACUAUAAGCCUACAACUGCCAGACAGCUAGUUUACUUCAUGCAGGAGGUCGCUCGAUACGCACCGGAGACGCCAAUCUUGUACUAUCACAUACCCUCAUACACCGAUGUUGAUGGACUGGACAUGGUGGAGUUCUGGAGGCUAGCCACUCAGAGGAUCCCAACCUUUUUGGGUAUAAAGUCGGCAGUAUUCGAGACCUCGCUGAUGCUUCAAGACAAAGUAAAGGAUGAUCAGAAGAUCUUUAUCGCAGAUUCUCUCUACUUAGCACCAGCCGUCUUAAUGGGGUUUAGAGACAUAAUAAUGAUUGAAAUCAACUUAUUCCCCACGUUGGUUGAAGAAGUAGUAAGUAAUGGCAGCCGAGGAUACACGAAAACCGCCAUUUCAAAGUACAGAAGAAUGAGAGAACUGAGGAGUAUUAUCACUAAAGAAGGUGGAAGCAUAUCAGCAUUAAAGGAAGCUAUGCCAUUGGUAUCAGGCAUCGAUGUAGGAUCGAUACGACCACCGGAGAUUCGACUCACGACUGACCAGGUCAUACGCCUUGAACAAAGAAUUAGGAACGCAGAUGUUGAUAUUGUGAACUCAGAAUUUCAGGAUUAAAUGUUUUUCGUAACUCUU